AUGGAACAACUCCUCGGAGAUAACACCCUAAGGCCUGCAAUCCUGAAGCAGUUGUUCAUGCAACGCCUGCCCACGAAUAUCCAACUUAUUUUGGCCUUGAUCACACAAGUCGUUGAAGUUUCCCCAUCACCGGCUCAGGCCUGCGCCGCGGUUCCAGCACCAGCACUUGUUGCCGCAGUCAAGCCAUCCGCUGCAUCGGAAAUAGAAUUGCUUCAAGCUCUGGUCGAAAGGCUCACGGCUCAAAUGGAGUUGUUGGUGCGCCAAAACCAGUAUCAACACGGUCGGUCGAGGAGCCGCAGUCGCAACCAGAGCCAGCACAGACGCGAUCGCAGUUCUUUCGCAUCGGGGGACAACCCUACUGAUUCCUGCUGGUACCAUUGGAAACCUGGACAAAGCUCCUGUACUGCAAGGAGCCAUGCAACUACAUACGCAUUACCACAGUUCCAACACGGCCCAGGGAAACCAGCUGGCCAGCGGAUAGGGGCGACUUCAUCCACUGGCACACCCAAUCAAUGUUGCCUUUUCCAUGUGUAUGACAAAAUCACAGGCUCCAAGUUCCUCGUGGACACCCGUGCAGAAGUCAGCAUCCUCCCUCCAACGCCACGAGACAAGCAGCGCUGCAGAAGUGAUUUUGUGCUCGAGGCAGUCAAGACACAGAUUCACACAUGUAUACGAUAA